UUGAUUUACUUACUACUACUUGUAUUUAUAAUCUGUACCAUAAUUCAAAACCUGUCACCUGACAGACUGUCAUGAAAUCAAAAUGUUAAGAUAUAUUUAUUUGCUGUGUUUCAUUUAUUUCGAGCUAAUUUAUUGUUAUAACCCUAUCCACGGUAAAGAGCACAGGAGACUGAGGCGGCGGCAGGAGUAUGUGCCGCACAAGUUUCAUAAGACUACGUCAAGCAGCCCUUAUGAGAGUAUAGAUAUGAUUAAUUUUAUGAAACCUGAAGCUGAAGUCUUUGAUUCUUAUAACUAUGAGAAACCACAACGAUUAAGCAUCGAGGAACUGCCACUGCCGCGCCUGCGCCGCUCGCGCCUCGAGCCCGCCUACGAGCAGAGUGCGCGCACGCACAGUAGGCUGCACAGUCGCCAUCUCGCGCACCAUCCUAAGAGAAACUCCUUCGCCAUGUUCCCUUUUUUUUCCCAUAAAAACAAGACCAAACCCAAACCACCAGGCAUGAAACACGACAAGCGGAAAUCCCACUCCUUCAGAUUCUCAAAAACUAAAGACCAUGGUUACAACCCCCCCUUAACCCCUGAUAAACGGGAACAGAAGAAAAACCACAUAACGGAAAAGAUUGAAGGUACAACCAUGAAAGAUAUCACACAGAAUUGCAAACUGAAAAAUCAAGCGAAAAUCAUACACAACAGUAGACUAUACUUCGCAAAUCCUUAUAGAAUCAAUGAUGAAGGUACUUAUGGGAAUUAAGAAACAAGUAAGUAAUGAGAAAGUUAAUUACAAAAAAGAUAAAAGGACUCAAAGAGGAUAGGAUAUAGAUUUAGAGAGAUGUACUUUGUAACUUAUUUAAAUAUAAAUGUUAUUUAUAAUGUUUGUUUCUUUCUAGUCUUUACGACGGCACUCAGAAAAUGAGAGUAUUUUUAGAGCAGUUCGUGGAAAUAGGCGCAAGAAAAUGUGUACGACUCUGUCAUUUCUUCACCGGAACUUCUUUCUUGGUGCAAGCUAGAAGCGGCAUGCGGAUUUUUAUCUGUAGCCGAAUAUGGACUUUAUUUUUUA